GAAUCCCCCGCCUCCACGGUGGGCCAGUCCGAGUCUGUAUGGGGUACCCGCAGUGUGCAGCGCUGGUUGUGGUCAUAGAUGUUUGGUACCCGCACCGCGCAGGGCGUGGUCAUAGAUUUAGGGUACUGGAGCCUCGUGCGGUGGUCCCGCUGCUGUGGGGGUCUCACCCUUCUUCAUUUGUUCCCCAGCUUCACCCAUCUAAUGACCUCGGGGGACGCGGAGACUCGGGAGGGCGCCCCCCACAGCUGGGAUGGUGGCAUGGCCUCCCCCACCAUGGAGGAACAUUUCUACCCCUUCCUGAUAGAGAGACGACCGUCCUACCUGGAGGAGGAUGAGGAGGGGCGCCGGGAGGAGGACCUCGGCCUGGCCCUGGAGAGGAAGGACAAGGACCUGCUCCUGGCAGCAGAACUGGGCAAGGCCCUCCUGGAGAGGAACGACUACCUGGAGAAGGAGCGCGAGGCGCUGGAGGAGGAGCUGAGGGAGACCCGCGAGCGCCUGGAGCAGGAGAAGCACGCCUUACGGCUGAGGAUGGAGGCGAAGGACGGCGAAUGGAAGGCGCAAAUCACCGACCUGGAGAGCGACCUGAGCGCCGCCCGACAACAGAUCCGACAACUCACCGCCGAGCACCGAGAGUGCGGCAGAGAGAGCGCCAGCGCCGCGCAGGAGCUGAGCGAGCAGAACCAGCGCCUCCUGGAGCAGCUGGCACAGGUUUCUCAGGUGGAAUCGUCUCUGACUCUGCAGUUGGAGUCUCUAAGAGAAGAGAAUCGGGAGCUGACGCUGAGACGAGGACAAUUCGCCCCCGUACUGCAAAGUCUGCAGAGCGAGAAUGCUCUCUUGCUGGAGAAGAAGAGAGACAUGGAGUCUCAAAUUAAAACUCUUCGGGAGGACAAUGAGCGAGCACAGAGCCUGAUGUUCCACCUAAAAGAGACCGUCCUGCAGCUGGAGAGAUGGAAGAAUGAGACAGAGGCAAAGAUGCAGGAAAAACUGUUAGAAGUUGAGGGUCUAAGAGACAGUCAGCGGUCCCUGCAGAUACAAGUGGGAGAGCUACAGGAUGAGCUGAAGAUGAGAGACAGUCACUUUGCUCUCCAAGACAGCCGCUACUCUCUGCAUUCUGAGCUGCAAGAGACAUCAGGAGUCCCAGAACAUGAGAGCACCUCAAUGAACCCAUCGCUCCAGUUUGAGGGACACACAUUUGGGAGCGAAAGUCACAUGUCCACAUACAAAACACAAAGAGAACGAGAAAUGAUCCAGGAGAAAGAAGAGGAGAUUGGGAGACUGCAAGAUGUGGUCAACCUUCAACACAUAGAGAUAAAAUCUCUGCAGGAGGAACUUCAGAAACUGCGCAAAAUGCUACAGCAGAAUGACCACGACAGUGUCCUGAGACAAGCGGUGUCCGACCGUGAUGAAGCAAUUAUGAAGAAGGGGGAGCUGGAAUUGGAGUUGGCAAAAUGUCGUCUGGAAAAGGAGUCAAUGAGUCGUCAGCUCCUCAGUGCGGUGGAGCAGAAGGUGUUACUGAGCCAGGAGCUGGAGGCUUGGGAGGACGACAUGCAGAUUGUUAUCAACCAGCAGCUGAAGUCCCAGAGAGAGCAGGAGAGGACAUCCGAGAGCUCACCCUCCACCCCCACCAGAAGAGACAGCCGCCGGAGACCACGCGAUGGUGGCAGUGGCAUCUUCUCAAUCUUCAAGAGGCUCUAAGAUGAGGAGGAGCUGCCAUCAUCUGCUCUGGUGGACCUCCUGGCAGUGUGGGCGUCCUUACACCAUGUCUCUAUCUACCGCCACCUCAGGAGGUCCACUGCUCAUGGAUUUAUAACACCCAAAGGGUGAUAGGAACACUCUGCACAAUCCACAGCGACUACUGGGGGUGGGACAAGCAAAUCCUUCAGGACUACUACCCCCACAGGAGAUGGAGGACAGGAUAUUAUACUCAAUGGGUUAUAUCACUUGCCUCGGCUAUAUCACCCUGAGAGAAGCUAAUGGCAUGUCACAUAUAGAUCUAUAUAUCGCCCUGCAAUGGGAGGAGCUAACAUCAUUCACAUAUAGAUCUAUAUAUAUCACCCUGCAAUGGGAGGAGUUUAAGGCCAUGUCACAUACAGAUCUGUAUAUCACUGCGGUGGGAGGAGCUAACAGCAUGUCACAUAUUGAAGAUCUGUAUAUCACCCUGCAGUAGGAGGAGCUAACCCCAUGUUACGUAUAGUCCUUCAUAUCACCUUGUCAUUGGGAGGGGCUAACGCCAUAUCUCAUGAGUGUGGGGGUCCUAGACUCUAUCAUCUCUGUUACAUACUGUCGAUUAUGUAUAUAAUAUAGGCUUAU